AUGAGAAGAUAAAAUUAAAGCUUCCUAUCCCAUGCGGGCAUGCCCCAAUUUCAGAAGUGAGAGUGAAAGCUUUAGGAUAAAAUAUAGACUAUACAAUAUAUAUAUAUAUAUCCCCGCAAAUUCCAACUUGUUGGCCAUUUCGGACUUGUCUUCACAUGCACACAGGAGAGAGAGUCCUCAGAGCACUCCAGACUCCAGAGGUUUCUAAAAAGUCAGUAAGAGUUAUGACCCCUGAAGCUUAGCUGUGCCUCCCUUUAGUCCCCUAGUCAUGUGCCCAUAAUACUUCGUCUCUUUCCCAUUUUAACUCAUAGAUAGAUCACACCAAAUCUAGCUCUUCGCAUUUCAACUAUGUGUAUAUUACAGAAAGAAUGAGAGAAAGAGUACAAAGCUAGAGAGAGAAUGAAGAUCCAGUGUGAUGUCUGUGACAAAGAAGAGGCCUCUGUUUUCUGCUCCGCUGACGAAGCCGCCCUCUGUGAUGGUUGUGACCAUAGAGUCCACCAUGCCAACAAGCUGGCCGGCAGACACCUCCGCUUCUCUCUCCUCCACCCUCCCUUCAAAGACUCCCCUUCCUGUGAUAUCUGCCAGGAAAGACGUGCCCUUCUGUUCUGUCAAGAAGACAGAGCCAUCCUUUGCAAAGAAUGUGACAUUCCAAUACACAAAGCAAACGAACACACACAGAAACACAAUAGGUUUCUUCUCACAGGUGUGAAGCUCUCUCCCUUUUUUUCCUCAUACCCAGCUUCAUCAUCCUCCAACUAUGCUUGUGAGGUUGCCACUGAUUCCGAGGUCAAAAGCUCUGUCUCUAAUCAAUUCUAUAACGACCCAAGUGAUCCGUCUGAUUAUGAGCAGAACCCAUUACCAUCAACCUCAACAUCAACAGUAGUACCUUCCAAGGUUGAUCAUGAACAAGAGGGUUCAAUUUCAACUAGUAGCAUAUCAGAGUACUUGAUGGAGACAUUACCCGGAUGGCAAGUCGAAGAUUUUCUUGAUCCUGCAUGUUCUUCCCAUGGUUUCUGUAAGGUUUGCAAUACACCUGAGUCACCUGACUAGUAGCAUAUACUAUAUAUAUGAUGUGUGUGUGUGUGUGUGUGUAUUUUAAAUAUGUGUUGUUUGAUGAUGGGGGAAGAACUAAGUAAGGUCACUUUUAUAUAUAACUCUUUUUUUUUUUUUUUUUUUAACUGAUACUGUAUUUGGAAUUGGUUUCAGAACUAUGACUAUGAGCAUAACUUGGCAUUUAUGGAUUAUGAUGCUAAAAGCAAGUUGUAUCCUUUUUCAUCAGAAGAUUUGACUCUUUGGGUACCUCAAGCUUCACAACAAUCUCCUCAUAUGUCUCACAAAUUGAGGAAAUAACAACUAACCAUUGGCCAGAUAUGAUAUUCUCGGUGCCCCGGCCUGAAAAAGUUUCUCCCCAAACUGCUGCGAUCAAUGAACUCAAAAAGGGUGUACUCUAAAGAAACAAACAAGGUGAUGAAAGAAAGCAGAAAACGGAAGUAAAAAUGGUUCUACAGUUUUUUAGAUCAGUCAAACCAUCUCUCAAGAAACCAACAGCUUUUGUAGAAAUAUAUAGAUCUCUCUCUCUUUCUCCAAUGUAUUCAUAACCUGUGGAAUAUAAUCACUUUUUGCUAGCUGUGCCAUACUCAAUUUGGGGUUGGUUUACUUAGAUUGUUUGUAAUCUAUAUCCCAUUUAGGUGGGUACGUUAGCUAUUU